CUUUUCCCUUUCACUCUCACUGCGUUUCGGUUAUGGCUUCUCGAAGGCUCUCAUCAUCUCUACUCCGACCAUUUCUCCGUCGAUCUCCGCUGCAAUUUCAUGCUCCGGCAUCUUCCCGGUCGUUCUCUCUCCCAAAAUGCACCUCUCAUGUUUCUCCGAUCGCCAUUACGAAAUCCCCUCAGACUGGGGCAUUCUCAAGAUUUGAAUGUGGCUAUGGUUUAGCAUCAGUUCAGAGAAGUUCUGAACUGGGACCAUUUAAGAAUUCUAGGGGGAUCGCACCACCUUUAGCUAGCAGGUAUAUGUCAACAGAGGCACCUUCUGUUGAUUCUUCUUCUCAAGGUAGUUUGAUGCCAGAACCUGAAGUUCCUCCUCGUAUCAAAUUUAAGAGAUUAGACAAAACUGGCCGGCAUAUUAUGCAGAUUUUAGACAAGGAAGCAGUAGAGGAGGUGAGAGGGCAAAGAGAGAUACCUGACAUAAAGCCUGGUUAUAUUGUGCAGCUCAAAGUGGAAUCACCUGAGAAUAAGAGGCGCAUUUCUAUUAUAAAAGGCAUUGUUAUUGCCAGGCGUAAUGCUGGACUCAAUACUACAUUCAGAAUUAGGAGGCAGGUGGCUGGGGUUGGGAUUGAAUCUCUAUUCCCUCUGUAUUCACCUAACAUAAAGGAGAUAAAGGUGCUUGACAAGAAGAAAGUGAGAAGGGCUAAACUCUACUAUCUGAGGGACAGAAUGAACGCACUUAAAGGUUGACGUCAAUCUUCAUCUUGGUGGACAUUUUUUUAUGAUUCAUUUCUCAUACUUAGCAUCUACAUUUACAUGUGUAUUAAUUUAUUUGCUGCUGUUAUGUCGUCAACUAGAUUUUUUGUUUUUCAAUGUGGCUUAUUACAACCUAAGAAUAUGGUCCAUCAGUUUUAUCUGAUUUAAAACUUGUCACGUUUUGAAUGGUGGGUAUUAUCUCGAGUAAUAAGAAGUUAAAGUUUUAUCGAA